AUGUGCGGAGGAGUGUUCACAUAUGUCCUGUACGUGGGCUCCCUAUGGUACUUCGACGAGGUCGGCAAGUUUGCAUUCCCCAUUGUGGUCGGAGUGAUCAUUGGCAUCGGAGCUGGAAUGGUCUUCAUCACGGCUGGCUACAUACAGACAGCCUAUCCUGAGGAAGGCGAGAAAGCCAGAUACGUCACUACGCAACUCAAUCUCCAAGCCGUUGGUUCCGCCAUAGGAGGAAUUAUACCAGUCGUCAUCAAUCGGGAUAGUGAUACAGCAGCCGGUGUACCUCGAGCUGUGUACAUCUCGUUCAUUGUGAUCAUGAGCUGCGCUGCACUGCUGGCUCUUUUGCUAUUGCCGGCGCACAAAUUGCGUCGCGAUGAUGGCAGCAUCGUGGCUGCAGACAAAGCGCGAGGUCCUUGGGAGGAACUCAAAGCGAACUUGCUGGUGUUCACGGACUUUAAGCUGCUGCUCAUGAUCCCUGCAUUCUUGCCGGCAGAAUGUUUCCUGGUCUAUUCUGGAUCCGUCAAUGGUCUGCAAUGGAUCCUGGACAACAAACGGUGGCAACGAAGGACUCGAGCACUGAUUGGUCUGACAGUUGUUGCAGUACCACUGGUUGGAGCAUGGGUGUGGGAGAUCGUUCGAGUGCGUGGGUACAAUCGGCAUGCCCCUUUGUCAAACCCUACAGACUGGAGUGAUCGUGAGUUCGGCUGGAUAUUUGUGCUCUUCACGCUCAACUGGAUCUCAUCAUCUCUAUGGCAGUAUGUGAUCACAUACUUCAUCGGUGCACUCACCAACAGUCCAACCACACUUGCGCAUUACGCUGGCGUUUUCCGGGGUGUCCUGGGGGCUGGUGAAGCGAUCUGCUUCGGUCUCGACUCUAUCCGGAUCCCAUACAUCGAUGAGGCCGGUGGCAUUUUUGCCUUCUACUGCGUGGGGCUUGUAGCCUUCUACUAUCUGGCAUGGUAUCAUAUCGACGAUAGCAAUUACUUCAAAUCUGGUGAAGAGGGAGCAGUGGUGCCGAACCAUAUUCUAAAGGAAAAGGGUCUGGACGGGCAGGAGAUGGUACUAGGUCAAGCUGCGAGCGUCCAGGUAGAGGUAAACAUGUAG